AUGAGAGAAGCUUGGAGAUUCAUAGCAUUCUGCUGCAUGGUGGUAGUAAUUAUGGUGGUGGUGUCUAUCCCUUUGAAUCUGAAUAGCCAAGGUAAAAGAGUGAUUGAUACAUGCUUUUGGUUUGGAGUUGAAUAUUGCUCUAAUGGAAAUAUUGUGGACUUACACAUUGGCCAACAAAGGGAUAUACCAUACAGUAGAAAACUUACACAAACAUCAAAUUCUGCUAACUCACACAAAACCAACAUUGAUGAUCACAAAAACACUCAUUCACCAUCAUCAUCACCUUCAUCACCAUCACCACUUUCUACACAAAUUUCACCAUCAUCUUCACUACUUUCCAUAUCAGAAACUCCCUCAACUUCACCAUCAUCAGAACAUUCCCCUUCACCUUCACCUGAGGCAGCACCAACAGCUUCAUACUUACCAUUUACAACAUCAAAUCCACCUAUAGUUAUGUCCACGCCACGGCUUUCUAGUUGGAUUUCAGCACCUUCUCCUUCUUCAUCUUCUAACCAAAGAAAUCCGAACAGCUCAAACCGAAAGCAACAUUCUGUCAUUAUAUGGUCAACACUUGGAGGAUUUUCCUUCCUUGUUUUGGUUUCAUUCACUGUUUUCAUUUGCUUCAGAAGUAGUAAGGUUGUAACUGUCAAACCUUGGACCACAGGGUUGAGUGGCCAGCUUCGAAAAGCUUUCAUAACAGGUAUUCCGAGUCUUAAACGAGCCGAACUCGUUGUAGCUUGUGAAGAUUUCAGCAACAUUAUUGGUUCACUUGAAGACGAGACUAUCUAUAAGGGAACGCUUUCGAGUGGAGUUGAGAUAGCUGUAGUAUCUUCUGCAGUGGCUUCUUCCGAAAAAUGGUCUAAAAAUUUGCAAACUCAGUUCAGAAAGAAGAUUGAGACGUUAUCGAGAGUGAACCACAAGAAUUUCGUGAAUCUUAUUGGCUAUUGCGAAGAGAAUAAACCAUUCACAAGGAUUAUGGUUUUUGAAUACGCUCCGAAUGGAACAUUGUUUGAGCAUCUACAUAUUAGAGAAGCGGAGCACCUCGACUGGAGAAUGAGAACGCGGAUAGCGAUGGGAAUAUCAUACUGUCUAGACCACAUACAUCAACUCACACCACCAAUUGCGCACAAAAACUUGUUAUCUUCCUCUAUAUAUCUAACAGAAGACUAUGCUGCUAAAAUAUCAGACCUUAGUUUCUGCACCGACGAGGUUGAUGCAAAGAAGAGUUCUGAGAAAACAUCAGUGGAAGAAAUAAAGGACAAUGUUUAUAGUUUUGGCGUAAUAUUGUUCGAACUGAUAACAGGAAAAAUUCCAUAUGCAGUAGAAAACGGCUUUGCAACAGAUUGGGCUGCAGAAUAUAUAAGAGGACAACCUUUGCGAGAGUUGGUGGAUACAAACAUGAAAUUUUUGAAUGAUGAUGAAAUUGAGAAAUGGUCAGAAGUGAUUAACAAUUGCGUAGAUCCUGAUCCAGACAAAAGGCCAUCGAUGAAAGAGGUUACGUGCAAGUUGAAGGAAAUCACUUCUAUGGAGCCCGACGGAGCGACGCCGAAAUCAUCCCCUCUUUGGUGGGCCGAAAUUGAAAUCUUGACCUCAGACUUAUGUUGA